UGGUCAGCCUCCUCAUGGUCAGCCCCAACAAGGCUAUGGCGCUCCCCAGCAAUGGCAACAGCAACCGCAAUAUGGAGUUCCCCCGACUCCGGCCUCGCCUGGUUACGGCCCUCCCCCAGACCCCUCGGUGGCUCAGGUAGAUACGGCAUCCGAUGUUGAGGCCUUGCGCAAAGCCAUGAAGGGCAUGGGCUGUGAUGAGCGCGCCUUGAUCCGCGUCCUCACGGGCCCCAAGUACAGCAACCCGUGGGCAAUGGCCAAGCUCGUGCACGACUAUCAAAAGCGUUUCAUGCGCAACCUAGCCGAGGAUAUCGAAGGCGAAACACGGGGUGACUUUGAGACUGCUCUCCUUGCCUUGAUCCGCGGUCCUCUUGAGAACGACGCGAGGACACUCGAGAAGGCCCUUAUUGGCGCGGGCACUGACGAGGAUGCCCUCAACGACGUCCUCCUCUGUCGCUCUAACGCCGACAUUCGUGCUAUUACCGCCGAGUUCAGGCGCAUCCGAGCCCAUCACGUCGACGACAAGAUCCUGCUGGAGGUCGUAAAAAAGGAUGUAGACGAAACACUUUUCCGAAUGUACCAGAUGGUCCUCAAAGCUGAGCGCGCAGAAGAUGCUGCUGCCGUCUAUCCAGCUGAGAUUGAUCACAAGGUGUCGGAGCUUCACCGUGCCACGGAGGGUGUCAUUGGCGCAAAUGCCAUUAGUGUUGCGCAGAUCUUUACAAGCAGCAAUGACUCACAGUUGCAUGCUCUUGCUGAGGCAUACGAUCGAAAGUACCACAGAAGCUUGCAGGACGUCGUCGAGAAGGAAUUCCGUGGAGAUAUGGAGGAUGCGCUGCUCCGAAUGCUUCUCCAGGGCGUAAGCCGGGCAGAUAGCGAUGCAGCCAGACUGAGGGCGCCGCUGGACAAGACUUUCCGCAAGGAUCGCCUUUUCAUCAAUCGCGUCGUGAGCUUAUAUUGGGAUCGGAAUAGGCUCCACGCGGCCAAGGCUGCGUAUAAGAAACGAUAUGGAGAAGCACUACACACAACUGUUAAAGAUAAGCUGAGUGGAGAUUACGAGGACCUCAUCUUGGCACUGCUUGGUCCUAGGUAAGCAUUAUGUGUUGAGGAUGCACGAUAAAUCUCGCCAAGAUUACCAUCUCCUAUGUAGAGCCCCUAGUUCUCAGUUUGAAUAUACAACCGGCCGAGGGAGCCCGCUCGAAAGUU